AUGAACUCGGAUGAUCCAAAAGUUUUGCAGGAGCAUGCAAAAUCCUUGAGAAAGUUGGUACAAAAAUCGAUCACCUAAAAAUAAUCUGAAAUUUUUUCAGGUUUGCCUUUUUCGGUGUGGCAGUUUCUACCGUAGCCACUUUGAUUUCUGUAAUUUCUGUACCAAUUUUAUAUAGUUUUAUGCAGCACAUGCAAUCUUCGAUGCAAGCCGAAGUUGAUUUUUGUAAAAUGAGAUCGGGGAAUAUUUGGAGAGAACUCACUAAAACACAGGUAUUGCUCAUAUUAAAAAGUUUCUUCAAAUAUUUUGAAUUUUUAAGGUUUUAUCUCAAGUUGGAGGUAGUGCUUUGGCUCGUACACGUAGGCAAGCUGGAUAUUCGACAUCGUACACUGGACCACUUGAAAGUGAGUUAGCAUAAAUCACAAUUCAAAAAAAUUUAUAACAAAUCAAAUUUCUCUAGGUGCCGUUGAAGCUGCACCACAAGGUGUUGGAGGUGGUGGCGGUGGUUGUUGUGGAUGUGGAGUUUCACCACAAGGCCCACCGGGAGUUCCAGGACGAGACGGUGACGAUGGAGCUGAUGGUCAAUCUGGUACGCCAGGAAAAGAUGGGCCAGACGGACCAGCUGCUACACCCGCACCAGCACACGAAUUCUGCUUUGAUUGUCCACCAGGCGCACCGGGACCUGCCGGAGGUGCAGGAUCAAAAGGGCCACCAGGAAAUCCAGGAGGUGCUGGAACUCCGGGACCAGCCGGAAACAAAGGCCCACCUGGCCCACCAGGACCAGCUGGUGCGCCAGGAAACAAUGGAAGUGCUGGAAACCCAGGAACUGCAGGAACUCCUGGAAAAGUUGUGGAAGUACCAGCACCCGCUGGAGCUCCAGGACCAGCUGGUCCACCAGGUCCACCAGGACCGGGAGGAAACCCAGGAAGUCCAGGACAACCAGGAAAAGAUGGAUCACCAGGAGAUGCGGGAGAAAACGGAACUGCCGGAUCGCCAGGACAACCAGGAGGGCCAGGACCAGUUGGACCGGAUGGUGCCAGAGGGCCAAGUGGAGGUUGCGAACAUUGUCCGCCACCAAGAACCGCACCUGGAUAUUAG